AUGGCUACCAUGCAGAUGGAUCCUGAACUUGCCAAGCGCCUCUUCUUUGAAGGAGCCACUGUGAUCAUUUUGAACAUGCCCAAGGGGACAGAGUUUGGCAUUGACUACAAUUCAUGGGAGGUGGGACCCAAGUUCCGGGGUGUGAAGAUGAUUCCUCCAGGCAUUCACUUCUUCCACUACAGCUCAGUAGACAAGUCCAAUCCCAAGGACGUGGGCCCUCGAAUGGGCUUCUUCCUUCACCUGCAGCAGCGGGGGUUGACAGUCCUGCGUUGGAAUGCAGUUCAGGAAGAGGUGGACCUUUCCCCAGCCCCAGAGGCCGAGGUAGAGGCCAUGAGGGCCAACCUCCAGGAGCUGGACCAGUUUCUGGGACCAUACCCAUAUGCCACGCUCAAGAAGUGGAUUUCACUCACCAACUUCAUCAGUGAGGCCAUGAUGGAGAGGCUGCAGCCUGAGACCCGGCAGAUCUGUGCCUUCUCCGAUGUGCUGCCUGUGCUCUCCAUGAGACAUACCAAAGAUCGGGUAGAGCAGAAUCUUCCCCAGUGUGGCACUGAGUGCAAAAACUACCAGGAAGGCCUAGCUAGGCUGCCUGAAAUGAAGCCUAGAGCUGGUACAGAGAUCCGCUUCUCAGAGCUCCCUACACAGAUGUACCCUGAUGGUGCUACCCCAGCAGAGAUAACCAGGCAUAGCAUGGACCUGAGCUAUGCCUUAGAAACAGUGCUCAGCAAGCAGUUCCCCAGCAGCCCCCAGGAUGUGCUCGGUGAACUCCAGUUUGCUUUUGUAUGCUUCCUGCUGGGGAAUGUUUAUGAGGCAUUUGAGCACUGGAAGCGACUUCUGAACUUGUUGUGCCAGUCAGAAGAAGCUAUGGUGAAGCACCACACCCUAUACAUCAACCUCAUCUCCAUCCUCUACCACCAGCUCGGUGAGAUCCCCCCAGACUUCUUUGUGGACAUUGUCUCUCAGAACAACUUCCUCACCAGUACCUUGCAGGUUUUCUUUUCCUCAGCCUGCGGUGUUGCCAUGGAUGCCACCCUGAGGCGGAAAGCUGAAAAGUUCCAAGCUCACCUGACCAAGAAGUUCCGGUGGGACUUCGCUGCAGAGCCCGAGGACUGCGCCCCAGUGGUGGUGGAGCUCCCUGAGGGCAUUGAGACUGGCUAA